AAGAUUUCGGACUCGUGCAGCAGCAGUAAUCUGCUCUCUUUUCGGUCCUGGGCGAGUAAGGGAGCGAUUCGGAGCAGACCGGUCGUGAGGAUCUAGGAAUCCAGCUGAGGCCAUGGCUUUGCGAGUUACCCGGAACACAAAGGUCAAUGCUGAGAACAAAACAAAACCUGCAAUGGCCCUCAAUAAGCCAGGGGUUGCUGCUAGCAAGCCAGCUUUAAGGCGUAAUAGGACUGCUUUGGGAGACAUUGGCAACAAAGCUUGUGAGCCACAGUCUAAAGACACAGUGAAAAAGGAAGUGUUGAAGCAGCCUACAGCCGUGGACAAAGUAACUAUUCGGAAAACCACAAAACCUACUGAAAAACCUGUGAAAGAAAAGCCAAUUCCAGAACCUGUUAAGUUGGAGUCUCUAUCCCCAAGCCCCAUGGAAACAUCUGGAUGUGCUCCUGCUGAGGACAUAUUAUGCCAGGCUUUCUCUGAUGUACUGCUUGAAGUGAAAGAUGUAGAUACAGAUGAUGGUUCUGAUCCAAACCUUUGUAGUGAAUAUGUGAAGGACAUCUACAACUACUUGAAAGUUCUUGAGGGUCAGCAAUCAGUGAGAGCAAACUACUUGGCAGGUCAGGAAAUUACUGGAAGUAUGCGGGCCAUCCUAAUUGACUGGCUUGUGCAAGUUCAGAUGAAAUUCAAACUCUUGCAAGAGACCAUGUACAUGACUGUUGCCAUAAUAGAUCGUUUUCUGCAGAAUAACAAAGUAGCCAAGAAGAUGCUACAACUGGUUGGUGUAACAGCCAUGUUCAUUGCUAGCAAAUAUGAAGAAAUGUUUCCACCAGAAAUUGGUGAUUUUGCCUAUGUGACAGAUCAUACUUACACCAACCUACAAAUCAGGCAAAUGGAAAUGAAAAUACUAAGAUCAUUGGAUUUUAACCUUGGUCGCCCUCUUCCACUGCAUUUUCUAAGGAGGGCAUCAAAAAUUGGAGAGGCAGAUAUAAAUCAGCAUUCCUUGGCAAAAUACCUGAUGGAACUUGCACUGGUGGAUUAUGAAAUGGUACAUUAUCCUCCCUCCCGGAUUGCAGCUGCAGCUUUUUGCUUGUCUAGUAAAGUUUUGGAAGAGGGAGAGUGGACACCAAUUCUUGAACACUACAUGUAUUAUACUGAAGACGCUCUUAUUCCUGUGAUGGAGCAUAUGGCAAAGAAUGUGAUGUUGGUAAACCGGGGCCUUGUAAAGCACAUGACUAUCAAAAACAAAUACGCCAGCACCAAGCAUGCCAAGAUUAGCACUCUUCCAGCGUUGAAUUCUGCAGUCAUACAGGAUCUGGCUAAACCAUUGUUGAAAUAAAUAUAAUUUAACUGUUUGGACAAAGUUGACACCAUGUGUCACUGUUGUGUGUAUAUAAUAUAUUCUCUUAAAGUUUUUAAUAAACUUCCUUACUUUUAUUUCAACUGUUGUCAUGGUCUACUUAACCAUUUGUUUUGUCAGAUAUUAAGCCUAAAAUAAAAUAAGAUAUUGGAAGCUCAUGCCUAUACAAUAUAUUGACAAACAGAAAAAAGAUCUCUUUAUUUACUCAGAGGGGAAAUUUUCAUUAUCUGUAUUCUGAAGUAAUAAAAAUUACAAUGGCCAUUCCUAGUUACUUGUUUUAGUAAAUACAUAAAAUGGAUAAGAUAUUAAACAUUUUGUGUU